AUGAGUGAAGAUGGCAGCGAUGGGUCCAUUGAUAUAGGACGGCAACUACAGGAGUCUGACGAGCAGAACAAGAGGAAGAGAGAUGAAGCGGAAGCCGAGGACUCUGAGUCGUCAUCGAGGAGUAGCCCUGCGGCCCCAGUCCUGGCCCCAGUCGUAGCCGCAGUCCCAGUUGCGGUGGCGGCCCCAGUCGCAGCCCCAGUCGCAGCUUCGCUUCCUCGUCCACGUCAAAGCUUGCAGGAAAUACAGCACCGAAUGCAAAUGCAGAUACAGGAACAGCAUCAACAGCGUGCUCUUGCAGUGCCGCCACGACCUUUGGAAUACUACGACGAUGAGUUUGCCCAAGACAUGUACAUGGGGCAACUCAAAGCCCAGGAAUUACGGGAACGACCACCACGUCCUAGGAUGACUCCUUCGCCUAAGGAACAUGCACGGUCUACCUCCGCCUCUCCCGUACAGAGAUCGGCCUCACCGGCAAUGAGGAAGGCCGCCAAGGAAGCUGCCAAACAGGUUCAAAAGAAGAAGAAAGAAAACGACAAGAUUGCCAAGAAAGCGGUAGACGCUAGGCUUUCAAAGAAGAACGACGACCAGAAGAUUGCCAAGAAAGCGGAAGGGGUUAGGCUUGCACAGCUUAUCGCUGCAAUGAUUUGCGGAUACGACCACAUCGCGCACAAGCACAAAAUUGUUUGUGGGCAAGAGAAAAGUCCCAAGGAUGGCGAGAUCUACAAUGUGGCUAUGACAAUGACUCUUCGUAAAGACCAACCCAACGAAGAAGUCCUGGACUUGUCCAAAUUUACCAGCAAGGAGAUCCGUUCUCUCGCUCUCAAGUGUGGAGUUAGGGGAGGAGGUAACAUGACGAUUUUCAUCGCAAGGAUGGAGAUUGCACGCAGCAUUCAGAUGGGCACUAUGUACACUGACCUGUCUAUUGCGAACCCAGGUUCUGAUGCCGCAGCCGUGAGGAUCAACACUCUCAUCAAACUUUUGAAUAAUCAUCGUCUCACCUUAUUCGUUGGUGUCUGA